AUGAGCGAGAAAAAAAUCCGAAAGGACGAAACCAACAAGGAAAUCAUCAAUAUGAGCGAAGCAGCCGGAUAUCUCGACCGUUUUGUCGGUGAUGUGAGCAAAAAAUCUGCUACCAAGCAAAUUCUCAUCGGAGCUGGAUCGGGAUGGGCAACCGGAUAUAUCACAAUGAAAGUUGGCAAAAUGGCUGCCAUAGCUGUCGGAGGUGGGAUCAUUUUGCUUCAGAUUGCAAACCAACAAGGUUAUAUUCAAAUCGACUGGAACAAAAUCCACAAAAAAGUCGACAAAGUCACAGACAAGGUUGAGGAAGCAGUCACUGGACAAGGUCCGAGCUGGGCUGAUAAGUCUGCGACUCUUGUUUUGCCUUUGGGAGGGACAAUAACCAUUUCCGAGGACGGCACUUCUCCCCCUAUGCCGAUUGUGACUUUGGAGCAGGUCACAAUACCCCCACACCAAAUGGCAGUAGUUUGA